CACAACCACCCGCCACAAUGCCUCCCAAAACCCUCAAGUCCCACGGCGGCCGCACCCUCCAGGAGCCCAGCUUCGGCCGCAGCGUCGUCCAGACCUUCACAAGCUCCGAGAACAGGCCCAUCGUGACUGCAAUUGGACUCUUUGCCAUCGGCGUCACCUUCUUGCACAGCAGCUGGAGUGAAAUCCUCCUGCCUAUGUAAAUGCGCUUUUUUCCACG